UUUCCUAACUCUACGCGUGUUAUUUUUCAGAUUUUUAUAACUUGAUCCGUUUGAGAGCAACUUUUUUCUUGCAAAAUCGCGUUCUACGUACCAAAUUACGUACACAAUUGUGCAAAGUUUGAGCGAAAUCUAAGGUGUUGUCAGACUUCUAAAUAAUUACCAUGAUAAAAUUGGUAUCUUGCGUUCAUCAUGUUACUGAUCACGAUUGAUCAUGCAAUGUCAUACAAUGUUGCAUUUAACCUAUAUUGCAUUUAAACACUUGUGAUUGUAUCAUAUAGCUGAAUAUACUUCGGAGUGAUUAUUUGGCUUGACUUAUCUAAGAUAAUAUGUAAUAUUAUAUAUUACAUAAUACUACAAUCGAAGGAAAUUUUACAAUAUAAGAUGGAAAAUGAUUCGUACUCACAGGAUGAUGAUUCUCUGGAUAUUGCUUCGAAAUCUUGUAAACGCGUUGUAGAUAUUGCUACUAAGACUGGAUAUAGAGAAGGUGUGCAAGAUGGGGAAGACUCUGUACUGCAAGAAAGUUUUGACAUAGGAUAUAAAGAUGGUUUUAAGACAGCUUUUAUAUUAGGAAAAUAUAAAGGUUUGAGUCAUGCUUUAUCGUCUAAUAUAAAACAUCCUGUUGAUAUAGCUGCUACUCUUGAUAAAACUAAACGAGGUAUAUGUUGGAUAUGCAAGAUGGAAUCAGAAAAUACAACUUACAACUAUGAGAACAUUUCAUUUUCUGAAAUAUUAAAGAAUCAAAAAAAGCAUUCUACAGAAGUAUUAAAUAAACUACAUGAACAUUUUCAACCAGUUUUGAAAGAAUCAAACAUUGAAGUUGAUCUAAAUCCUUGAAGAAAACAGAUAUUUUAAUACUUAAAAUAAAUAAAAUCAGUUGACAAAACAGAAUCCUCCGGAGUAAUGAUAUUUUUAUAGAUUGUAUAAUUAAUACAACUAUAGAAAUUUUUAUUGUGGUGUAAAUAAUCCUGGUUUAAUUAUAUAGAAACCAGUAUAAUGAAUUGUUUUUUAUAAAUAUAAUCCUUCAGGAGAACCUUCCUUCUUUCGAUAAAGAACACUUUCUUUAGAUUUCUUGAAGUCAUCACUGGUAACUUUCAUACGUCGUUCACGCAAAGCCAUUAAACCAGCUUCAGUACAUAUUGCCUGAAACAAAAUUCAUUUCAAACGGCUUAUUUCAAACAAGACAACACAGAUGCAUGAUAUUUUUAUAAGAACAAAAUAGCAUAGUUGUUUUAUGUCCCCCUUAAAAUCAUACAACUUUUGUCCUAAACAUUUUUGCUGAAAAUGCUUCGUUUAAGAAUUAUCGAGGUGCGUUUUUUAAAAUGAGACACCCUAUAUAAGCAUGUGUAGAAAACAUAAUUUACACAGGAGAUGUAAGAUAUUUGUUUGAAUGAAAAUAAAUUACCUUGAUAUCUGCACCAGAAAGGUCA